AUGUCCGCACCAGUCAGGGAUGUCCACAACCAUCUUCUCUUUGAGGUUGCAUGGGAAGUCGCCAACAAAGUCGGAGGUAUCUACACAGUCAUCAAGACCAAGGCCCCGGUAACCUGCCACGAGUAUGGUGAUCGAUACUGUCUCUUGGGCCCCUUGGCUUACAAGUCGGCCCCGAUGGAAGUAGAAGCCAUCGAACCUGACACGCCCGAGAUGAGAGACUCGCUCCAGUCGAUGAAGGAUCGUGGGGUCAAGUAUCUUUACGGACGUUGGUUGAUCGAAGGCGGCCCCAAAGUCUUGCUCUUCGACACCGGCUCCAUGAUGUCUCGCUUGGACGAAUGGAAGACCGACUUGUGGAACCUGGCCGGGAUCCCGGCGCCCCCAAACGAUAGCGAAACUAACGAUACGAUCGUCUUUGGCUACUUGGUGGCCUGGUUUUUGGGCGAAUUUGCCUCCCGCGAAACUUCCAAGGCGAUCAUCGGACACUUCCACGAGUGGCUUGCUGGCCUUGCUAUCCCUCUCUGCCGCAAGCGUCAAAUCGACAUCACCACGAUUUUUACCACUCACGCCACACUUCUAGGCCGUUACCUCUGUGCCGGAUCAGUCGAUUUUUACAAUAACCUACAGUAUUUUGACGUCGAUCACGAAGCCGGCAAAAGAGGGAUCUAUCACAGAUAUUGUGUCGAGCGGGCAUCAACGCACUGUGCCGAUGUCUUUACCACUGUCUCUCACAUCACUGCAUACGAAAGUGAACACCUACUCAAAAGGAAGCCUGACGGAGUGUUACCGAAUGGAUUGAAUGUAGUCAAAUUUUCAGCCAUGCACGAAUUUCAAAACAUCCAUGCGAUCUCGAAGCAAAAGAUUCAUGAUUUUGUGCGUGGGCACUUCUAUGGCCAUUAUGAUUUCGACUUGGACAAUACGUUAUACUUCUUUACAGCCGGGCGGUAUGAGUACCGCAACAAAGGAGUGGAUAUGUUUAUCGAAUCUCUUGCUCGUCUCAACCACAAACUCAAGACGAUGAAGUCCAAGAUCACAGUAGUGGCGUUUAUCAUCAUGCCAGCAGCGACGCAUUCCUACACAAUUGAAGCUCUCAAAGGCCAAGCGGUGACCAAACAACUCCGAGAUACGGUAACUGAAAUCCAAAACCGAAUCGGAAACAGACUGUUUGAGAUGACGGCUCGCUACACUGGUGAGAUUGGCACGGAAGUGCCUGACCCAUCGACCCUGCUCUCUGCCGAAGACAAGAUCUUGUUGAAGCGUCGAGUCUUUGCUCUCAAGAGGAACUCCCUUCCACCGGUCGUCACUCAUAACAUGGCCGAUGAUAGCGCGGAUCCUAUCCUCAAUCAAAUCCGUCGUGUUCAGCUCUUCAACGGAAGCCACGAUCGCGUCAAAGUUAUCUUCCAUCCCGAGUUCUUGAACUCCAACAAUCCCAUCCUCGGCUUGGAUUACGAGGAAUUUGUUCGGGGAUGCCACUUGGGCGUAUUCCCAUCAUACUAUGAACCUUGGGGGUACACACCAGCGGAAUGUACUGUCAUGGGAGUACCAAGCAUAACAACAAACUUGUCCGGUUUUGGUUGCUUCAUGGACGAGUUAAUAGAAAACCCCCAUGAGUACGGGAUCUACAUUGUUGACCGAAGAAUGAAGUCAGUCGAGGACUCGGUCAAUCAACUCACCGAUCAGAUGUUAGAAUUCUGUACCAAGACUCGUCGCCAAAGAAUCAACCAACGUAACCGGACCGAAAGAUUGUCGGAUCUCUUGGAUUGGAAGUCGCUCGGAUUGGAGUAUUCGAAGGCUCGACAGCUGGCGCUCAGGAGAGCCUAUCCAGACAGCUUCACUGCUGAAGAUAAUGAGUUCGAAUCAAGCUCGGCUAAGAUUGGUGCACCCUUCAGUGCCCCUGGAAGUCCAAGAUAUAGGUCAGGAGCCAUGACACCUGGUGACAUUGGAACGCUCACUGAGGAUUUGGAAGGACUUGGGACGUCAGACUACAUGGGCAACGCGCGUUGGGAUUCUACAUCGAGUGUCAACCGUGACGAAGACAGCUAUCCGUUCCCCUUGGUGAUGAAGCGCAGGACAGGUUCGAUCGGCGGGGCGUCUGGCCAAAGCACUCCAGGUGCCAACGGGAGCCAUCUCAAUGGGAGCGGUAAAGCCACUGCCGCUGCUGGUAAAGAAAAAAUGCUGAGCGAGGGCGACCUUAAGAAGGCCGAUGAAGCCUUGGUCAGCUGUUAA